AUGGUCUCUUACCCUCCCACCUCUACGAUGGUCUCUUGCCCUCCCACCCCUAAGAUGGUCUCUUGCCGUCCCACCCCUAAGAUGGUCUCUUGCCCUCCCACUCCUACGAUGGUCUCUUGCCCUCCCACCCCUACAAAGGACUCUUGCCCUCCCACCCCUAAGAUGGUCUCUUGCCCUCCCACCCCUAAGAUGGUCUCUUGCCCUCCCACCCCUAAGAUGGUCUCUUGCCCUCCCACCCCUACAAAGGACUCUUGCCCUCCCACCCCUAAGAUGGUCUCUUGCCCUCCCACCCCUAAGAUGGUCUCUUGCCCUCCCACCCCUAAGAUGGUCUCUUGCCCUCCCACUCCUACGAUGGUCUCUUGCCCUCCCACCCCUACAAAGGACUCUUGCCCCCCCACCGCUGCAAUGGUAUCUUGCCCUCCCACCCCUAAGAUGGUCUAUGGUCUCUUGCCCUCCCACCCCUACGAUGGUCUCUUGCCCUCCCACCCCUACAAAGAUCUCUUGCCCUCCCACCACUGCGAUGGUCUCUUGCCCUCCCACCCCUACGAUGGUCUAUUGCCCUCCCACCACUGCGAUGGUCUCUUGCCCUCCCACCCCUACGAAGGUCUCUUGCCCUCCCACUCCUACAAUGGUCUCUUGCCCUCCCACCCCUACAAAGAUGGUCUCUUGCCCUCCCACCCCUACGAUGGUCUCUUGCCCUCCCACCCCUACAAAGAUCUCUUGCCCUCCCACCACUGCGAUGGUCUCUUGCCCUCCCACCCCUACGAUGGUCUAUUGCCCUCCCACCACUGCGAUGAUGGUCUCUUGCCCUCCCACCCCUACGAUGGUCUCUUGCCCUCCCACCCCUACGAUGGUCUCUUGCCCUCCCACCACUGCGAUGGUCUCUUGCCCUCCCACCCCUACGAUGGUCUAUUGCCCUCCCACCACUGCGAUGGUCUCUUGCCCUCCCACCCCUACGAAGGUCUCUUGCCCUCCCACUCCUACGAUGGUCUCUUGCCCUCCCACCCCUACAAAGAUGGUCUCUUGCCCUCCCACUCCUACGAUGGUCUCUUGCCCUCCCACCCCUACAAAGGACUCUUGCCCCCCCACCGCUGCAAUGGUAUCUUGCCCUCCCACCCCUACAAAGGUCUCUUGCCCUCCCACCCCUACAAAGGACUCUUGCCCCCCCACCGCUGCAAUGGUAUCUUGCCCUCCCACCCCUACAAAGAUGGUCUCUUGCCCUCCCACCCCUACGAUGGUCUCUUGCCCUCCCACCCCUACAAAGAUCUCUUGCCCUCCCACCACUGCGAUGGUCUCUUGCCCUCCCACCCCUACGAUGGUCUAUUGCCCUCCCACCACUGCGAUGGUCUCUUGCCCUCCCACCCCUACGAAGGUCUCUUGCCCUCCCACUCCUACAAUGGUCUCUUGCCCCCCACCCCUACGAUGGUUUCUUGGCUCCCCCACCCCUACGAUGGUUUCUUGGCCCCCCACCCCUACGAUGGUCUCUUGCCCUCCCACCCCUACAAAGAUCUCUUGCCCUCCCACCACUGCGAUGGUCUCUUGCCCUCCCACCCCUACGAUGGUCUAUUGCCCUCCCACCACUGCGAUGGUCUCUUGCCCUCCCACCCCUACGAAGGUCUCUUGCCCUCCCACUCCUACAAUGGUCUCUUGCCCUCCCACCCCUACAAAGGUCUCUUGCCCCCCACCCCUACAAAGGUCUCUUGCCCCCACCCCUACGAUGGUUUCUUGGCUCCCCCACCCCUACGAUGGUUUCUUGGCCCCCACCCCUACCAUGGUCUCUUGCCCUCCCACCCCUACAAAGGACUCUUGCCCCCCCACCGCUGCAGUGGUAUCUUGCCCUCCCACCCCUAA